UUAAAACAUAAUUAAAAUAAAAUAAUAAUUAAAAUCAUAAUAAGAGAACCAGAAAGAAAACCAAUAAAAUACAUAAUGAAGUGUUUAAUUUUAAUAAUUUGCAUAAUGUGUGUGUUAAACAUUAGGGCGGUUAUGACCUGCACCGAAAAGAUAUCUACCACAAAAUAUCGGGUGUCAUUGGUGACAAUGCGUAAAUAUCCGGAAUCUGGUGUAGCCUGUUCAAGUUUUGAUUGUCAUAAUCCGUUGGUGUUAAGGCCGAUACGCGAGACAUACACCGAUAUAGAAGAAGUGUGCUGUGAGGGCUAUAAAGAGGAUACUGCCUCAGGCGAAUGUUUACCCUCCUGUGUCGAUUGCAAACACGGCAAGUGUAUACGACCCAAUAUCUGUCUCUGUGAGCAUGGCUAUCAAAACUACAAAAACUCCACGAUUUGUGAACCUCUGUGUCUGGAGACAUGUGUGAAUGGCAAGUGCACCGGUCCGGAAGAAUGUACCUGCAAUGAGGGUUUCACCUGGGUAAAUGGCAGUAAGACAGAGUGUCAAGCCACCUGUAAAAAUAUGGACUGCACUAAUGGACGCUGUGAUACCAACAAUAAAUGUACAUGUAAUUUUGGCUAUGUGCUGGAUGAAAGCCUAAAGCGCUGUGUGCCCUUGUGUGAGGAACCCUGUGAGAAUGGUGUGUGCAGUAAGCCGAAUGAGUGUACUUGUAAUCCAGGUUAUGUGCUGCGCUUGGGAACGAUAAGUAAAUGUGAGCCGGUGUGCUCGAGUGGCUGUAUGAAUGGUGUGUGCAAAGAGCCGGAGGUGUGUGCCUGCAAGGAGGGUUAUACGAAUUUCGGGGGUCUCAGUUCGCAGGCUUGUAUGCCGGUGUGUAAGGAUAAGUGUGUUAAUGCCUUUUGUACGGCUCCCAAUCAGUGUACCUGUUUCGAGGGUCAUGCCUAUCGUAAUGGCUCGAGAAUUUGGUGUGAACCCACUUGCGCCAAAGACUGUGAAAAUGGUUUCUGCAGUGAGCCGGGCAAAUGUGAGUGUCAUGAGGGUUAUGAGAAAACCGAUGCUCACCGUUGUACACCCAUUUGUAAGGAGGAUUGUGUAAAUGGCUUUUGCUCGGCUCCCGACACCUGCAAAUGCAAUGAGGGUUAUGUGUAUACGGACAAUAAGGAGAAGGUGUGUGAGCCUUAUUGCGCCAAAGGUUGUAAAAACGGUAAUUGUACGGCUCCGGGCAUAUGCACCUGUAAUGCCGGCUACCAAUCCUUGCUGUUUUAUCACUGUAUACCCAUUUGCAAUAAACCCUGUCUGCAUGGCACCUGCACAGCUCCCGAUACUUGCCGUUGCUAUAUGGGCUACAAAUCCAAUGCCAAAUAUCCCAAUCAAUGUGAACCAGUUUGUAAUUUCGAUUGCGGUCAUGGCAAGUGUAUUGCUCCCGGCAUAUGCAGCUGUGAUGCGGGCUAUGAAAAGAAAUGGCUGACGGGCAAAUGUGAGCCCCAUUGCCCCCAGAAAUGUAUAAACAGUGUGUGUUCGGCUGGUGGCGUGUGUCGUUGCUAUGAGGGUCAUCGUUUGCGUGAAGGCUCAAAUAGCAUUUGUGAUCCGGUAUGUUUGCCCACUUGUAUCAACAGCAAUUGUGUGGAGCCAAAUACCUGUGAAUGCUGGGAUGGUUUUGAGGAUACCAAGUACUUUAAUUUGUGUGUGGCCCGUUGCCGGCCUACUUGUGAGAAUGGCAAAUGUGUGGCGCCCAACAAGUGCCAGUGUAAUGAUGGCUAUCGUGUAACCAACUCCUCUAUGCCACACAGUUGUCAGGCUAUUUGCAAGGAGACCUGUAUCAAUGCCGAGUGCCGUAAACCGAAUAAGUGUGAAUGUCUGGAGGGUUAUCGUUUUCUAAACAAUAGCUCGGUGGAGUGUGAGCCUGUGUGCCAGCAGUCGUGUGAACAUGGCCAAUGUGUGGCGCCAAAUUUGUGUAGCUGUGAAAAGGGUUUCAUAUCGCGCAUUAAUCCCGAUACCGGUCUAACGGAAUGUGUGGGCUAUUGCAAUGAAUGGAAUUGUCGUAAUGGCUCCUGUGUCACUUCAACAUUGUGUCAAUGUGCCGAGGGAUGGAUCUAUGAUGCCUUGAGGGGUGUUUGCUUGUUGGAUGAUGUGUCCAAGGAGAAAAUAUAUAUAAGUGGUGCUCCCAUCUCCCGCUGGACUAUAGCCACCAUAGCCAUCAUACUCUUCACUGUCUGUGUACUGGCUCUCAUAAUAAUCUUUCGUGAAAUAGCUCGCCGCCGAAUCAAUGACAAACAACAAGUACGUCUCAUAGAAAAUCCCUCUUUUGGAGUACUCAUGCCCAAAGAUCAAGUCUGUGAGGAUGACGAGGAGGAGACAGACACCACCCAGGAGUUAAGCAGUUAAAUUGUGAUUAAAACAUAAACUUUUUCUUUAAGAAUUUCAUUAUUGUGUUUAUAUUUAGUACCUACAUAUAUAUAAUUUCGACUUAUAUUUUCAAAAUAAUUAUACAAUUCAAUUUGUUUAUUUAAGUAAAUUUUAAAUUUAAUUAUUCAAAAUUGUUUUAUAUUUAAAGUAUGUAUGUGUUUUGUUUUUCUAUAUAUCACUGGUAUUUUUUUGUUUUGAAAUUUUUUCUCUUACAUACUUUUUCUGGUAAUCUUAUUAGUUUUACAUAAAUAUUAGAGUUUUUCUUUUCGCUAUUAUUAAAUUAUACUUUAAGUAUGUUUUUUGUUUUAUUCUUUUUUAUAUACUUGUGUAUGUAGUAUGUGUUUUUUUUUAUUUUAAAUAAUUUAUAUCUAUAAAUCUAUUUUAUAAAUAAUAAAUAAAAUGCUUGGCAUUAAAUUAAUUAUAA